GAUCGGGUUCGGUGUUUUAUUGUCGCUAAAGGAAAAGCAGGUGCGCAUGAGAGUUCACGGAAUUCCAACAUACCGGUGCGUGAUCGUGUCGGCUGAUAGAUGUGUGGUAAUACUGGUGCCUCAGUAAGCUCGCACAGACAUGGGUAAAGGAGGGAAACAGUUGGGCACCUAUUCCUACCAGGAAGUGUCCAAACAUGACAAACGGGAUGACCGAUGGAUCAUCAUCAAUAACCAAGUAUAUAACAUCACCAACUGGGCACGCCGCCACCCCGGUGGUUCUAGGGUCAUCGGGCAUUAUGCAGGACAAGAUGCCACUGAUGCAUUUAGAGCUUUCCAUAAUGACCUAGAUCAAGUUCAGAAGUAUCUUUUACCUCUACAUAUUGGAAGUGUUCAAAAAGGCGAGGUCAAUACAAAUUACUCUCUGGAGAAUGAUUUUAGAAACCUAAGAGAAACUGCUGAGAAAAAGGGUUUGUUCAAGCCCAGUUACCUGUUUUUCUUCCUACACCUGGCUCAUAUCAUUGCCAUGGAGGUGAUGGCCUAUUUAACCUUGUACUACUUUGGUACAGGGUGGAUACCAUUCCUAGUAUCAGUCUGUCUCUAUGCCACCGUGCAGAGCCAGGUCGGAUGGUUGCAGCAUGACUUUGGACAUCUAUCUGUUUUUAAGGCCAGCUGGCUCGACCAUCUUUUUCAUUUUUUAACAAUAGGAUGUAUCAAGGGUGCUUCUCCAAGCUGGUGGAACCAUAUGCAUUAUCAGCACCAUGCCAAACCUAAUGUGAUGGGCAAGGACCCUGACGUGAGGGUGGACCAGCUGUUUGUUGUGGGAGAGAAAAUGCCUCUAGAGGUUGCAAAGUCAAAGAAAUCCAACAUGCCCUACAAUCUGCAGCACAAGUACUUCUUUUUUAUUGGUCCUCCUCUCCUGUUCCCUGUGUAUUUCCAGUUUAUGUUGUUCAGACAUAUCUUCACCAGAAGGCUAUGGAAGGAUUUCAUUGUGGUCAUGGCCUUUUAUGUGAAAUUUUUCUACCUUUAUAUAUCAAUGCUUGGACUAGGAUGGGCACUGGUUUACUAUGAAAUAAUGAGGGUGCUUGAGAGUCACUGGUUUACCUGGGUCAGUCAGUCAAACCACAUCCCUAUGGACAUAGAUCGUGAUACCGCUGAGCCAUGGAUCAGGCUCCAGAUGAAGGCUACAUGUGAUAUUGAACAAUCCUUCUUCAAUGAUUGGUUCACAGGACAUCUUAAUUUCCAAAUAGAGCACCACCUGUUUCCAACCAUGCCUAGACAUAACCUGUACAAAAUCCAGCCUCUUGUUCAGUCCCUCUGUAAAAAGCAUGGAAUUCCAUACCAAAUGAAAACCCUCUCCCAAUCCUUCAUUGACAUUGUGAAAUCCUUGAAGCACUCAGGACAACUAUGGGAGGCAGCACUGCAUGCACACCAUGUCUCUUGAGCAAAUGACAACCAGUCAAAAGUGCCUAUUCAUACAAAUGUUUUGAACAUGACAAAGCUUGUGUAAUUUUUCUAAUAUACUGUAUACAUAUAAAAUUGUUCUAUAUUGUUGUUUGACAAUGGCAAUAUUCAUUUUCCUGGUGCACCAGCACAGAUCUAGAAAUUUUGGGAAUUGAAGUUUUACACAAUUCUUUCUUCUUCACUUAACGUUGAUUUGUUUUUGAUUUUGACCAAAGUGCUGAGGACAAAGCUCUAGCUAUAUGAACAAAGCUAAUGACAUCCAAUCUGUUUAGCUGGAUUUUCGUAAUUUAUAUUUUUUUAUUCAAUUAGAAUAUUUUGGAUUUGGUUUUUCUUUUGUACUUUCUGCAUGUUUUAUGUAGGUGUGAUUAAUAUAUACCUUAAAUGUUGAAUUAGUAAUAUUUUAUAAAUCUUUUCUCUGUUAAAUUGUUUCUCUAUUAUACUAAUUGUAUUGUGCUUUGCUAAAUACAUGUUAAAUCAUUA